CUUGUACUCCUUCGGAAAAUUAGACAAGAAAAAGAGAAAAAAAUCGAUCGGUUCCAUCUUCUUCGGCAUCACACCUCUGCCGAUUAUCAGUGAUCAUCAGAUUAGGCCACUUCACUACCACAACUUCUCCCUUCUUUCCUUUUCUUUAUUAUUUUUAACAAAUUCGCCCGGAAAAAGGGAACCUUUUCUACCCCGCUAUCUCCUCUAUUUUUUGCUAGAUCUCCUGCCAGGAAUGAAGUGAUUUGGGCGGUUGAAUCGAAUAUGGGAAGUCUGAGAUUUCCAGGUUUACGGGCGAACCUGAAAGUAGGUGCACUGAUCAUAUUCGCGUCGUUGUUGUGUCUGGCGGCGCUGUACAAUCUGACAAAGCCGGUAUCCAAUGGCUGUGUCAUGACUUACAUGUAUCCUACUUAUAUUCCCAUCUCCGUGCCGGCGGAGAAUGUGUCUUCCACCAAGUAUGGAUUGUAUCUGUACCAUGAAGGAUGGAAAAAGAUUGACUUUGAUGAGCACCUCAAGCAACUCACUGGGGUUCCUGUUCUUUUUAUCCCCGGCAAUAGCGGAAGCUACAAACAGGUGAGAUCCAUAGCUGCUGAAUCUGAGAGGGCAUAUCAAGGCGGGCCCUUUGAGAAAUCAUUUUACCAAGAAGCCUUUGGAACUCCGGGAGGCGGUGUUCACUUUGAUGGCAGGAGCAAUCCGUUUCCCAGCCAGUAUGCAUGCAUGCUUGACUGGUUUGCCGUGGACCUUGAAGGAGAACACUCGGCGAUGGAUGGCCGGAUACUUGAAGAGCACACAGAAUAUGUAGUAUCUGCCAUUCAUAGGAUCUUGGAUCACUAUGGAAAUGCUCGUGAUGCCCGAGUUAAGGAAGGUGCCAGUGUAUCUAGGAGUCUUUCAAGAAGUGUUAUAUUAGUUGGUCAUUCCAUGGGUGGUUUUGUUGCUAGAUCUGCAACUGUCCAUCCACAUCUGAGGAGAUCUGCUGUUCAAACUGUCUUGACUCUUUCUACUCCACACCAGUCACCUCCUCUUGCAUUGCAGCCAUCCCUUGGUCAGUACUAUGCACAUAUUAAUAAUGAAUGGAAAAAAGGGUAUAAAGUCCAAACUUCUAGGUCUGGACAUUAUCUGGCUGAUCCGUUGCUGUCUCAUGUUGUUGUUGUCUCAAUUUCUGGUGGUUAUUAUGAUUACCAGGUGCGGUCACAAUUAGAGUCCCUUGAUGGCAUUGUCCCUCCUACCCAUGGCUUUACGGUUAGUAGUACAUGCAUGAAGAAUGUAUGGUUGUCAAUGGAGCACCAAGUCAUACUGUGGUGUAAUCAGCUUGUUGUGCAAGUAUCACACACACUUCUAAGUUUGAUCGAUAACGAGACUCAUCAACCCUUCAUUGAUGUACACAGAAGGCUUGCAAUUCUUACAAGGAUGCUUCAAAGUGCUAUACCUCCAAAUUUUGACUGGAUGCAGCAAACACAGUUACCCCAACAAUUAGCUCACAUCUCUUCUAGUAACGGGAAACCUAAUUAUGAUAUAGGCUCUGAAGGUAGCAGUUAUGCCUGUCCUAGGAGCACUCAUUGGAGUGAUGAUGGACUUGAAAGGGAUCUGUACAUUGAAACAACUACUGUGACCAUUUUGGCAAUGGAUGGAAGGAGACGUUGGCUGGAUAUUCAGAAAUUGGGUGCAAAUGGAAAAGCCCACUUUGUUUUUGUUACUAAUCUUUCUCCAUGCUCUGGGGUAAGACUACACCUUUGGCCUGAGAAAGGAACCUUGACAUCAGAUGUCUCUGUUAAUAAACGAAUUGUAGAAGUCACAUCAAAGAUGAUAAAUAUUCCCUCAGGACCUGCUCCAAGGCAGAUUGAACCGGGGAGUCAGACUGAGCAAGCACCUCCUUCUGCCAUUUUAUGGUUGCAUCCAACUGAUAUGCAUGGCUAUCGAUUCCUGACAAUAUCAGUGGCGCCUCGUCAGACUGUUUCAGGAAGACCUCCGCCGGCCACUUCCAUGGGCGUUGGACAAUUCUUUAAUUUGGAGGAAGGGAAAAUUGAAUUGUCUCCUAAAUCAGUAAUUCCUAUGAUAUACACUCAAAAGGACAUUCUGUUGAAGGAAGAUCACCCUCUAGCAAUCAAUAUUUUGUUCCCCCUUAGCUUAGGCAUUCUGCCUGUAACAUUGUCUGUCAAAACCACUGGGUGCGGGAUACAGAAGUCAGAAUUUUCAGUUGAUGAGACAGGAGACAUGGAUAUUAGCAGUCUUUGCAAGCUCCGGUGCUUCCCACCUGUAGCUUUGGCAUGGGAUGCCUCGUCUGGAUUUACUGUUUUCCCUAAUUUGUACUCUGAAAUUAUUAUGGUGGAUUCCUCUCCAGGGAUCUGGAGUUCCAAACCAGGGUCAGAUAAAACAAUUGUACUAUUACUGGUUGACCCACACUGUUCGUAUAAAACUAGUUUUAACAUAACUGUCACAGUUGCUGCUGGAAGGUUUUUACUUCUAUAUUUCUCUCAGAUUAUUGGGUUUUCAAUUGCUGUUAUCUUUUUUGCUUUGAUGCGGCAAGCAUAUGCAUGGGAGCUUGACUUGCCCAUUCCUUCACUUUUUUCAGCUGUAGAGUCAAACUUGAGACUGCCAUUGCCUUUUAUCUCUCUAGCCCUAGUGCCUAUUUUACUAGCUUUUCUACUUUCUUACCUAUUCUCCCAGCCGAUUGCUUCAGCCAUAUGCUUCAUUAUCGUCUCAAUCAUUUGCUAUUUAUUUGCAAAUGGAUUAAUAUUGGUGCUGAUAGCGAUCUCCCUGUUGGUGUUCUAUGUAGCUGCAACCAUACAUGCCUUUGUCAAAAGAAGGUGGCAAACAUUAGAAAAAAGCGGGCGUUUUCACUUUGUCCAUCGGUUCAUGAAUCUUCCAUGUGCUGUUUUCUCAUCUAAGGUGGCGAGGAUAAUUGCAUCCAAUCCUUCACUUGUUAUUGCCAUGGUUGCCUUUCCACUUACGUGCUUCGUUCAUCCUGCAUUGGGUCUCUUUUUGUUACUUUCUUCCCAUGCUGUCGGCUGUCACAAUGCUCUCUCGAGUUUUUUACUGGCCUCAUUUCGCAGUCAUGUGCAAACUGAGGAGUUACGAGAGUUUGGUGACGAAGAAAUGAGUAAAUCUAGUCAGCACAUUCCCAAGUAUAAUGGUGAAAUGAGCAAAAUUGAUCUUCCCAAAGAAAAUGUAUCCGGUGCUGCGGAGAAUGCAAAAAGCUACGCUGAGACACAGUUAGAGAUUUUUCACCACCGACAUGGCCUGCUUACAUUGCAUUUGCUUGCAAUGUUAAUGUUUCUUCCGUCACUUGUCGCCUGGCUUCAGAGGAUUGGGGCUGGCCAAAGCUUUCCACGGGCUUUGGAUUCUGUACUCAGUAUUGGUGUUCUGCUGCACGGAAUUUGUGAUUCCAGGCCUGAGUUCAAUUUCUUCUUUCCCUUUCCGGGCAUUCCAGGGUGGGAGAUAAAACUAAGCUUGGCAUAUCUUCUCGCCGGAUAUGUAUCAUAUCUUUCUGGUCUGGCCUUGGCUCCUUAUAGCACAUUUUAUGCUAUGGCUUCUGUUGGGGUUGUUUCGUUUGCUUUUAGGAUCAUACAAAGGAGGACUCGGGAGAAGGGAGAGAUAUGCCACCGUAGCAGCCGAAAGCAUUCUCAUAGACAAUAACAGGUUCUUCUGUUUAACAUGUCAAUUCUCUCUUUGAGUUGCACAGUUGUUUACCACCUAGCUAGUGUUUGAUAUGACUAUUGUACUUUCAUGAUUAUUUUGUUCAAUGGUAUUGAGUGAUUACAUGUCUUGUCCUGGAUGAAAAGUGUUUGCUCAUUAGAAUGCAGAGUCUGUCUUUAAUUAUUAUAGGUAACAGAGGCUUCAAAAGCAUGAAUGAUAUUCGAAUAAUAUGAAUAAUAUGAGCCCAAUCCACUCACACGAGUCUCUUGCCCAAAGUGCGCAGUGGGAAACCGGCCUCCUGUAUUUUGAUCCACGGCCACACGUGGUAGGUACAUGUUGUAAAUUCGACUGGACUUCAAUGACUCGAGGACGUCCUUGAUGUGGUCGUGGCUGUUGUCGUAUACGAACCAACGCUGCACCACUAUCUCCCCAUGAUACACUAUCCAUUCCCGCAAAAACCGAGCUUGGUUCAUUAACAUGGUGCACACACAUCUGCAGGCGGUUGAGGAGGACGCUCGAAGGUGUUUUGCAACUUGGUUUUUGGGUUGUUGAAAUCCCAACCAUAGGCGCACCUGAAUUAGGAUGCAUAAGACGCCUUUCCUCCCCUGAGAUUGAAGCCCUAGACGAAGACGAUCGCGGUGUUGUCCGAGUUGAUCACUGCCUCGUACGCAAGUGAAUCCAACCUAUACGUCCGUCCUUGCACUUUGGGAAGCCUCCACUUCAAAUGGCCUUCAACUUUACACUUCCGCUCCGCUUACUCCUCCAGCUAUUGUGUCUACUCAGAUUGCACAUGAAUCCCAUGAGAGUGCAAUUGGAAAAAAAUGGCAUCAGACUUGGAGUAUCAAUUUGACUACACCGAAUCCUUCUUAAAGUUUGGUUAGGAGGUACUAGAAAUAUAAGAUAAAUCAUAUUUACUCAUGUAUCAAUGUAAUUAAAUAAAUUUUCCUUGUUUAU